AUGUUAGUAAUUAUGUCGACUUCAACAAUAAUAACAAAAAACUUAUUCGAUAACGUUGAGCUUGUAAGUUCAACAGAUCCAUCAGUUGAUGUUAAUAAUUUAGUAUUUAUGGAUAGCGAUUCAGAAAGCUCAGAAACCUAUUUGCAAAACAUUGGUCUGCAAGAGACCAUAAACUGCGACAAAAAUAGGGAUGAAACAUCAAUGGACGCGACAGAAAAUCCAAUCCAUGUCACGGUGAAGAAAGAGGAAGAAAUCAAUGUUUAUGAUGAAGAUUUUGAAUGCACUGAAAAGAUUAAUACUGAAGACAAUAGUUUAGAUCUUUCAGCUUUCAUUUUAGAUGAAGAAUUGAUAGAAGAUGUUACAAUUGGAUACGACGACGGGGAAAAGGAAGUAUGUGAGAUUGAUGGGACAACAAUAAUAACAAUAGAGAAUAGUUUUACAUUGAAUACGCCUCUUAAUACAUUAGAAGAUUCUCUUUAUCAUCCUGCACAGUUCGAUCUCAUAACAGAGUCCGCAACAGAAAUAAAAAAGACUGAAGAUGAAAGCAAAAGUCAUAACACUAGUUUGGUUGAUCAUCCAUAUUCACAACAACCAGAAUCCAAUAAUGAUGUUGAAUUAUUUGAUGAUCUUGUUGGAAAUGUUCUACAAGGAGCUAAAAAUAUUGACAAUCGUUCAGCUAUUGGUCUUCUCUCUACGUACACAGACAUGUUUGAACAUUAUUUCUCCAAGGAAGAAAAUCCACAAAUCGUUUCGUAUUUGAGAAAUAUGAAGAAUUCCUUGACAAAUCGAAUACAACUUAUAGAGGAGAAUAAAUCUGAGGAUGUUCCUGCAGUUUUAGAGAAUAUUGAAGAAAAAAGUGUUGAGAUUGUUGGGAAUGAAACGUUGGAAUUUUCCCAGUCAUCGGAUUUGGAUAAAAAUGAAGUUGAUGAGAGUGUAGAAAUUCCAGAAACAUCAACUGAAGAUAAAGAAUCAGAAGAACAAAAUUGCAAUCAAAAGAUGUGUUUGAAGAUAGAAAACGCUGUUAGCUUGGCGGUUCAACAAGAAUCAAUUGAGACAACAAAAGAAGAUGACAAAAAAACGUUAUCGGACAUUGAAAAAUGUAUACGAAAAAUAAAAGACUGCAGUUUGAAGUUAAGUGAUGACACUUCUGAGCUUUUAAUUGAAAUGAACAUGGCAAACAUUUCUGAAGAAGAUAAUUCAGAUGAAACUGAAAAGAAGUUAAUUAAACUUUUGAUAAAUUCUCGAAAAGAAUUUCGGAAUGUGAUAAAAGAAAUUAUUAUUCAACGAAAUAUAAAAGCAAAUGAAAUGAUUGAAAGAAGUAAAAAUGCUCUGAAUAAUUAUUCAUCAGAUUUGUCGGAGCUAUCGAGUUCUGAUUCAGAGGAUCUCGAUCAAGUACUCAAUCUUAAUCGUAAGAUACCCAAAACGGGACCACAAACUCCGGCCAUAGUCUCAUCGACAAAAGAAGAUUCAGACGCAUCUGAUAGAAAUUUGGUUAAGGAAGAGACAGAAAACUUACUUGAACCAUUAUCGGAAAAUGAUGUCAAAGAAAACAAGAAAAAUGUUGAUAAGGAUAUCGAUCGACUGAUUGAUUUAACAUCACUUUAUUGUCCUAAGCCAGCAUCUUCGAAAAAAGUAUCAAAACAGAAAAAAGUCAUGAAAAAGAAGAAAAAGCGAACAAGUGAUAACGAAAGUCCUUUCAAUUCAACCUCAGGUGAUGAUUCACCUGGAAAAUCAUCUUCGUCGUCUUCGUCAUCAUCUUCAGACCGCGACACAUCGGAUGAAGAAAAAGCAAUGUUAAUUCGACAAAAUGCAGACAUCAAACUAAAACUUUUAGAUAACAGCGACUGUUCAGCAAGUGAUGAAGAUAGUUUGAAUGAAUCUGACGAAAAUUCUCCAUUUAACUUCUCAUCGGAUGAUGACAAAGAUAAAUCACCUCAAACACAGAAAAAAAAGAAAACUACUGAAAUUAAAGAAGAAAUCGAACCAGCAACAAGUGGAAAUAUUUCAGUUGAAGCGGCUAUUGUCGAAGAAACUGAAAAACUAAAAUCUGAUGACGAUGAACUGCAACCAAAAAAGAAGCGACAAAAACGCGAUUCGUUCGAACGCGAAAUUUUCAAGAAAGAUUUUCUCGAAGAAAAUAAAAGUCAAACAGCGUCAACAUCAACAAAUUCUACGAAGAAAAAAUUAUUGGAAAAGGAAGUUGAAGAUGAUAAACCUCCAUUGGAUGAAAAAAUUGAUCUUUCGAUGUUUGAAUCGAAACGUUUAAAUAAAGAAAUUGAUUUGAAGAAGAUAUUUGAGAAGCGUGCGAAUGCAAGUGAAGUUGCUGCUUCAUCAUCACCAGUAAUACAAGCUCCAUCAAAGUCAACACCACCAAUUACUAAUGAAGAUGAGUGGAUAAGUUUAAGUAGUGAUAGUGAUAGUGAAAUUAGUGUCGUUCCAAGCAGUGGAAGCAGCUCACGAAUUCCGAAACGAAAGAAAAUGCUGACAGAAGAGGAAUUGCAGGAAGAAACGAAACGAGCACAAAAAGAAGAAAAUCGUCGCGUUGAACGUCUUAAGAAGAAGAACGAAACUUUAUCACAAAUGUUAUCGGAACGUUUAAGUCAAGACAGCGAAUCUCAACAACAUGAACUCAUCCUUGAUUAUGAUUCAGAACGUAAAAUAACAAUCUCAGUUCAUCCAAAGAUUGUUAAAUUGCUUAAGGACCAUCAGAAAGAAGGCAUUAAGUUCAUGUACGAUACAGUCUAUGGAUCAAUAAGUGAUGAAGAAAAGACGAAAUCAGGAUGUAUUUUAGCUCAUUGUAUGGGACUUGGAAAGACUUUGCAGUUAAUUGCAUUACUUCACACACUUAUCAGAUUUCCGGAACUUGAAACCAAACGAGUCCUCAUCAUUUGUCCAAAAUCAACGAUAAUGAACUGGUCAGAAGAGUUCAAGAAAUGGCUUUCUGGAAUUGAAUCGAAAGGAUUAAGAAUUUUUUAUCUUGAAGAUUCUUAUAAGUUUCCAGAGCGUGUUAAACUUCUUCAAACUUGGUUCGAUAGAGAAGCACCUGGUGUGUUUAUCAUCAAUUAUGAAGCAUUUCGUCACAUGAUUCAUUACAGCGGAUCAAAACGUGCAAAAAUUAAAGUUGCUGAUAAAGACGUUGAAGCUUUUCAGAAAGUCAUUCGAAAAUGUCUUUUAGAUCCAGGCCCGAAUCUUGUUGUGUGUGACGAAGGACAUUUGAUAAAAAAUCAACAGGGGGCUUUAAAUAAAGCAAUUAUACAAAUAAAAACGCUUCGUCGAAUCAUUUUAACAGGAACGCCCGUUCAGAAUAAUUUGAAUGAAUAUUAUUCGAUGGUGGAUUGGAUUAAGCCGGCACUUCUUGGAACUGUUCGAGAAUUUAACAAUCUUUACGCAAAUCCUAUCAAAGAUGGACAACACCGGGAUUCAACAACACAAAUGAUCAAGAAAAUGAAACAUCGAAGUUACAUUCUUCAUCGAAAGCUGUCAAAGUUCGUUCAACGUAAGGAAGCUUCGGUUUUGAAAGAAUUUCUUCCAGAGAAAUACGAAUAUUGUAUCUUUGUUCCACUUACGAAAGUUCAAGAGCAGCUUUAUGAAAAUUAUUUAGAGAAGAAUCCUCUCAAUGGUGGACAUCAACUUUUAAAUGAUUACACGGCGUUAAGAAAAAUUUGGACUCAUCCAAAAGUUCUUCAAAAUGCUCGUGAGCGUGCAAUAAAAGGGGAGUUAAAAAUAAACGAAGCAGGAAAACGUCAAAAGAAUCAAAAUCCGUUUGAUGAAGGUGACGAUGAUGAAGAUGAUCUUUUAGAUAAACUUGAUGGCAAUACAGGAGUGACGAGUGAUUGGUGGAAACAAUUUGUGGGCGAUGAUGAACUGGAAUCUCUUUUUACAAGCAGCAAGCUAAUAUUAUUGUUCGAAAUCUUAAGAUUGUGUGAGAUGAGAGGCGAAAAAGUUUUAAUUUUCUCAGCCUUUGUUGCAGUUCUGAAUGUUGUCGAAGCUUUCAUGAAGAAGAUUCACAGUCAAGAUUUUAAUCCUAAGGCCAAAGAAAUUUAUCGUUUGGGACAACAAAAACCUUGCUACGUUUAUCGUCUGAUUGCUUUAGGAACGAUGGAGGAAAUUGUCUACUCACGGUCAGUUAACAAACAAGCGAUGAGCUUUCGUGUCGUGGAUAAGCUUCAAAUUGAUCGGCAUUAUCGAAUGGAUGAGUUAUCAGAACUCUAUACACUCACAAAAUUUGAUCCUGCAAAACGAACGCCGCCAAGCCUUCCAGUUGACGAAGUGCUUAAAUUUUUACUUCAUAAUCAUCAAAUGCGAGCUUUCCGUUAUCAUGAACAUGAUACAUUACUGGAAAAUAAACCUGAUCAAGAUUUAAAUGAAGAUGAGAUUAAAGAAGCUUGGCAAGCUUACGAGAAUGAGUUGCGAGGUCCACAACCGCGUGUACCGUUGAAUGGCAAUCCUUUGGUGUCAAAUGUUGAUUUCUUCCGAGCUGAUCUUUUGAAUUAUAAUUAUCAUGCAGGAUUAGAUCCUGGAGCGUCAGAUUUUGUUAAGCAACUUUAUCCAACAACAACAUUGGAUUAUAUCGCUAAUUUGCAAAGCUACUACAACAAUUUGGAUUAUUUUGGUGCUUCAGUUCCUUCGACGAGUGCAGCAGGGGCAAGUAAUGCAUUGACAAGCAAUCAAUCGACCUUAUUGAGAGCACAAUUAGGCGCUAGUCUUCCACCUCCUGUCUUUCCAUCUCAAAUUCCUCCAAUCAAUACUUUAUAUAAUUUCGCAAAUUCAACACCAAGUACAAUUCAUGUUAAGUCACCGACAAUUCCGCCUCGUAAACGAACGCCAACUGUCACCACUCCAAAGAUCUCAACUGAAACCAGCAAUAAAAUGCAACAAUUAAUGCAUUUGCAACAACGAUUUAAUGGAAAUAUUCAAGUUUCGAAUGAUAAUUCGCUUUUGGGGAAGAAUAGUUCAGCGAACUUGUCAAUUCUUCCUGAUAAAGUUACUUCGCCAACAACUUCGACCAGUCGUAAAUUACCACCACCAAAUAUGAAGACAAAUAAUGUUAAAAGUACAAGUGAAAGUCGAGUAAUUCCUUCAUUUAGCUCAACUUUAACUAAAACAUCAGCAAAUGUUGGAACUUCAUCAUCAUUACGAACAUCUCCAAUGAUUUCUUCGUCUCAACAAGCAGCACGAACAUCAUUGCCAGUGAAUACUAUUAAUAACAAAAUUAGUCAAAAUGUUGGCUUAACUCCAACAAAAACCAUUCAAAAGCCACCAAAUUACACUCCAACGCAAUCCCCAAAGUCACAACAAACACCGAUGAGCGUGAAAACAUUACCGAAACCAGUUGUCAUUCAACAGAAAAAGCCACCACAACAAGGAAUCGUAAAAACAUAUCCUCCACUUCAAAAACAGCGAACAAUGAUUGUUAAUGCACAACAAAAAUCUCAAAUGCAAGUAUUAAAACCACAACAACAGCAACAGAAGCCGUUAACACAAAGUCAACAGGGAAUUAAACCAACAACGAGUGUCGUGAAUUCUAAAAUAAAUGUGGCACCAGUAGCAGCAGCUAAAAAAAUAUUUUAUGCAUCUCCUCAAAGUUUAGAAUAUCUUCGAAACAUGAAAGCUCAGAAAGCUGUUCCAAGUACUUCAAAUAAUAAAUCAAAUCCAAUAUCAAUAACAAAACUUCCACCAGUUUCAACUAUAAAGCCACAACAGUUACAAAAGCAAGCUCAACCAUCACUUGUUCAAACUAAAAGAGUGGAACUUCCUUAUAAUUCACAACAAAUAACACUACAGAAGCUCCAGCCGUCAGUAAUAAACAAAGUCAGACCACAGCAAUCGCCAACGACCUUCGUUUCAAAUCCAAAAAUCGUUCAAUCACAGAAGCGACCAUAUGAAACGACGGUUUCAGAAGCAGCAAAACGAUUGCGAGGGAUGCCUCAAGUGAAAGUAAUCACACGAGAAGAAAGAGAUCGAAUUAAAAACCAGAAUUCGUCAACAGUUGUUGAUGACAUCGUUGAGAUCGAGUAAUAAAAAAUUAAUUUUAUUAUUUCAUUAUCAUCAUCAUCAUCAUCAUCACUAAGAAGAAGAUUUUAAAAGGUUGUUGAUCGAAGAAACUACACACAACGCACAAUCAUAAAAUAUGUGUGCAAUUACACGUGUAUUUAUAAUAUAGAUUUUAAUUUAUUUUUUAUGGAAAAACAUUUUUACUGUAACUAUUAAAAAAAUCAAAAUCUUGAGUCGGAAUGUAAAAUCGAGUGCUGUAAUAUUUAAGAGAAAUAAAAUAAAAAUAAAAACCUCGAUGUU